UUCCGUGCAGUCAGUGAAGGCAGCAGUAGGAUCCAGGGUGUGUGCAGUCAGUCAAACUGACAGAGGGAGACAGGGAGAGGGAAACACCGGGAACAUCAGUGCCUGGUUCACCCGUGCCUGUCUUCGGUCUCUUCGGGUGUCUCUGUGGUGGUCGGACCGGAUCAUGGACCGGUCUCCUAGCUAGUUCCCGAGGAAAACACGAACCGUCCCCGGAGCUAAACCUGCUGGUGGAGCUUCCAUCAUCUUCACCAUCAUCAUCAGUUCCCUCCAGAGGAGACCGAGCAGCGCUGCAAAGAUGCAGACCUUCUUGAGGGGUCGCAGAGUGGGCUACUGGCUCAGCGAGAAGAAGACGAAGAAGCUGAACUUCCAGGCCUUUGCUGAUCUCUGCAGGAAAAGAGGAAUAGAAGUCGUGCAGCUGGACCUCAGCCAGCCCCUGGAGGACCAGGGUCCCCUGGACCUCAUCAUCCACAAACUGACCGACCUCAUCCUGGAAGCGGACCAGAACGAUUCACAAGCCGUGCUGCAAGUCCAGAGAGUACAGGACUACAUCGAUGCACACCCUGAGACCAUCGUCCUGGACCCUCUCCCUUCCAUCCGAACUCUACUGGACCGCUGCAAGUCCUACCAGCUCAUCCACAGAAUAGAAAAGUGCAUGCAAGAUGAGAGGAUUUGCUCUCCUCCGUUCAUGGUCCUCAACACGGAGUGCAGCCCGGAGGUGCUGGAGCAGAUCAAGCUGCAAGGUCUCACAUUCCCCUUCAUUUGCAAAACACGUGUGGCUCAUGGCACCAACUCCCAUGAGAUGGCCAUUGUCUUCAGUGAAGAGGACCUGAAGGACGUUAAGCCCCCCUGUGUGAUCCAGAGCUUCAUUAACCACAACGCAGUGCUGUACAAGGUUUUUGUAGUGGGAGAGUCCUACACUGUGGUGGAGAGGCCCUCCCUGAAGAACUUCCCUGCUGGUCCUGCAGGUGAGCAGCGGCUGAGGAGUCCAGAGGCGGCGCACAUCCACACCGAAAGGAAAGCCAUCUUCUUCAACAGCCACAACGUCUCCAAACCAGAGUCUUCCUCAGACCUGACCUCGAGAGAGAACGUGGAGGGAGUGUCCCAACCACCCUGCGAUGAUGUCAUCAGGGAGUUGUCCAGGUCACUGCGGCAGGCUCUGGGCGUGUCCCUGUUCGGCAUCGACGUCAUCAUCAACAACCAGACGGGCCAACACGCGGUCAUUGACAUCAAUGCGUUUCCCGGUUACGAGGGCGUCCCAGAGUUCUUCAACGACCUGCUGAGCCACAUCAGCGGCCUCCUGCAGAGCCACAACCCCGACUUCGCUCCCGGCGGCGAGCAGCCCAAAGGCCUGGCGGUGAGCAGUGGCGCCGCCCCUCAGGGCCCGUGCUGCUGCUGCAGCAGCGUGCGAGGGAAAGAGCUACAGAGACUGGGUUGCAACUCGGCCAUGUCGCCCAACUUCCAGCAGCACUGCGUCUCCACGAUAGCUACAAAGGCGUCCUCCCAGUGACUGAGUCCGGCCCGGCCCGCUUGAUUCCUAAACAAACAAAUCACAGUGGUGACAGUAAUAAUAAUAACAAUGAUGAAUAAUAAUCAGAGUAAUUACGAUGUUAAUAAUUUAUCUAAUCAAAAAUAGGCCUUUUCCUCUGUGGUUACUGAAACUGUUGGUGAUUGGGUGUAAGCUUCUUUCCUCUCUGCCUUUUUGUACAUUUGGUUCUGUCCAAUGAGAUUCUAACAGUACUGUAAUGUGAACCUUUGGGAACCUAACAGCUGAUUUCAGUUUUCUCCUGUGUGGGAUAUCUGUAAAGAAAGGGUCCAGAUGAGGGACAGCCUGACAGGCAUCCUAAGACUGAAGCACAUCCACAAAGUGACAGGUCCUGUUCCUGUAGGCUCGUUCUCGGGUCAGAACCACUCAUGACUCUGUGGAAGUUAAAGGGAAAAGAGACGGCAUUACAACAUCGCUCCACAGAUCCCAGGCUGCUGCAGACUGAGACCGGCUGAGGACUUUGGGGUUGGUUUGUUUCUCUAAGUGCCAUGAAAUUAGAAACUAAAACCUUUUCAAGAGUCCUGAUCACGUGACCAAGUUUUGUGGCGUUUCUGCAACCGUUUGGCUGAUUUCCUUCUACCCAGCACCAGGUGUUUGGCUUCCAACAAGCAGCAUCUGAGUCUCGGUUUGAUUCUCUGCAACCACAUUCCCCUUUUCUAAUGUCUGCAGAGAAAUUUCAGGGUUGUUUUCCAGUAUUCCAGUCGACCGAUUGUCUCCUUAAACAAGCAUGUCACGUUGAAAAGAUUAAAACAAAAUCCUAAAUAUCUUAAGGUUGAAUAUGUCUAAGGAUUCCCAGAGAACCGGGGUAAAUCAGUAGUUUUCCCGUCGCUGCAGAACUCCAGUCAGUCGCUUCGCUCCGUGCUCAGUUCUGACCCGGCUCCUCUUCCAGCUGCUGUAUCCGUGUGAUGGGAGGAGGUCCAGGUCUUGUUCCCAAUGUUCACUGUGAUUUUUUUUUUUUACUCCAGUUUGUUUAUACUUUUGUCUUGACAUCUAAUGAGAGUAACUUUAUUUUAUUGAGAUUUUAUGGGAAAAUGUUUUAUAUAAAUAAGAGCAGUAAUGCUUUUGAACAUGUGGAUAUUUUACAGUAAAAUAGCUCGCAUGUUGCUGAUCAAAGUAAACCAGUACUGCGGUUCAGUCUAUUAAUGAUUGCAUUCCUCUGAGCCUGCCUUCAACUCUGAUGUCCCAGAGAUCAUUCCUCCUGGUUUCCCCCCACCCCAAUUUAUCAAUUAAUCGUCCCUAAUUGUCUCUUCAGCCUCCUCAUCAGCAUCUCUCUGGGACAGAACAUAUGAAUCCACAUAAACAACCUGAUUGGAUGCCUGUGAGGUGAUGGGAAUUACACCAGGUUCAGGAGAAUGUAAUGCAUCCCUGUUCUGACCAGGAAAGGCUGAUAUCCGUGCACGGCGCUGUGCUGUUCCUUCCUCGUGCUUCGUUCUGGUAAAAAUAAUCUGCAUCCCAGACUGUGUCCCAGCUUCACCUCAAUGUUUACUUCUUGGGUGUCUUCUAUAAUGUUUGUAUGCGCCGAGGCUUAAUUGCGUAUAGUAUGUUUUGUAAGAGUUCAGUAAUUAGGAUCCACGAUUUUGACCUUUUUUUAAUUACAGGGCCAGUUCAAACGGCAAAAUAAACAUGUGAAACCUCUUGUCUUAAUUAA